CACAAUUUCCGUGUAUUCCUGUCUCUUUAAUUUAGCAGUCCUGAGGUAGUGCCACGUUCUGUAUUUUACUGGAGCUUUACAGGUGGCAGAGAUGUUUUUAUUGACGUAAAGCGCCUGCAGCAGGUUGACUCUUGCUGCAUGGGAAAUGAGAGCCUGAAUCAGAAUGACGGCAAGCUGACAUAUGUUACCUCGGUCUUAGUACAGAGGUACAGGAAGACGGUGACACAUGGCGAGGAUUACUUUUUCUUGCCUUUUGCCAGCAUCCUGGUAUUUCACCUUGCCACAUGUGAAUACAUCUAGCUUUCACCGUCUUACCUUCCUCAUAGUCUUCCUCACCAUCUUUCUUUUACUGCUGGUGGCUGUUAUUGAUCGAAGAAGCUGGGGUCAUUCUCCAAGAGACAGGCAAUUUGAAAAGUACUUGAAGCAUAUUGGAGACAUGGAAGUGACUGACACUGAGAACCCAGAUCUUAAUUAUGGACUUGUUAUUGACUGUGGAAGCAGCGGCUCACGGGUGUUUGUGUAUUUCUGGCCCCCUCACAACGGGAACCCUCAUGACCUUCUUGAUAUCAAACAGAUGAGAGACAAGAACAGAAAACCAGUGGUCAUGAAAAUCAAGCCAGGCAUUUCUACCAUGGCACAGACUCCAGAGAAAGUUAGUGAUUACAUUCGUCCACUUCUGAAAUUUGCUGCACAUCAUGUUCCAGUGAGAAAACAUAAGGAAACCCCUCUUUACAUCUUCUGCACAGCAGGCAUGAGACUUUUACCAGAGAGCCAGCAAACUGCCAUCCUUGAAGACCUGUAUACCGACAUACCCCUGGAAUUUGAUUUCCUUUUUUCAGACUCUCAUGCUGAGGUCAUCUCCGGUAAACAGGAAGGAGUCUAUGCCUGGAUCAGCAUAAACUUUGUACUUGGAAGGUUUGACCACAUCGAAGAUGAUGAGGAUGCUCUUGUUGCAGUGACAAUAGCCAGCCAAGAUGAGCACCCAGUUGUUCGUAAACGCACAAUAGGAAUUAUCGACAUGGGUGGGGCUUCUCUUCAGAUUGCAUAUGAAGUACCUACGUCAGUGACCUAUAGCUCUCCAGAGCAGGAGGAGGCAGCAAAGAAUUUGAUGGCAGAAUUUAACCUGGGCUGUGAUGUACAAAAUAUGGACCAUGUUUACAGAGUAUAUGUAACUACAUUCCUUGGCUUUGGCGGUAACUUUGUACGUCAGAGUUAUGAGGACGGACUUUACAAUUUAACAUGGACCAAAAACAGGUUGUUGGGCCAACAGACAGGUUUAAGUGUAGAGGCACCAUACCUUGACCCUUGUCUUCCAGUAGGACUGACGGACAGUAUACAGAAAAAUGGAAGUGUUUUUCAUAUUCGUGGGAUUGGUGACUGGGAUAGUUGUCGGGUGUCUGUUAAGCCAUUUCUUUCCAAAAGCAACGAGACACAUACUUCUCUGAACCAAGUGUACAUUUCUCCUAUAGACUUUAGCAACAGUGAAUUUUAUGGUUUCUCUGAGUUUUAUUACUGUACAGAGGAUGUACUUCGCAUUGGAGGACAGUACAACAGUGCAGAAUAUGCAAAAGCAGCAACGGACUACUGCUCUACUUCUUGGUCUGCACUGAGUCAGCGCUUCAAAAAUAACCUCUUCUCCUCCCACGCAGAUGAGCAUCGUUUGAAAUAUCAGUGCUUUAAAUCUGCGUGGAUUUAUGAAGUACUCCAUUCAGGAUUUGGUUUCCCUACUGAUUAUUCAAACCUGAGAACAGCACAGCUGGUGUAUGAUCGUGAAGUACAGUGGACUUUGGGAGCCAUUCUCUACAAGACUCGUUUUCUUCCACUCAGGGAUAUACAGCAAGAAAACUUCAAGACAAAUCAUAACAGCUGGCUUCGUAUCUCCUUUGUGUACAAUCACUAUCUCUUCUUUGCCUGCAUCUUUGUAGUCAUUGUGGCGAUUAUCCUGUACAUCUUGCGACUGAGAAGAAUCCACCACCGUGCCCUGCACACCAGUACAUUAGACUUGCUGUGGGUUGAAGAAGGAGAUACACAUACCACAGCACUCCCAUAAUAAAAAAUCCAUCUUUGUAAAUCAAGAUUGCAUUCCAGAACAGUACUGUGAAGCAACUUAGAUGAACAGGAAAGAGAGCAAAUGUGUAUGUCCAUUUUAAUUUGUAAAAUCUUGCUCAGUGGCAAGACAAAUAAAAUAGGGGCAUUGAAGUAUUCCUCCCUUAUCAACUUUU